AUGGCAAAAUCCUUCGAGGUGACCGAAUUACCAGUUCGAUCAGCCAAGUUUAUAGCACGAAAGCAAUGGGUUGUGGCAGGAGCUGAUGAUAUGUACAUCCGUGUAUACAAUUACAAUACCAUGGACAAGGUCAAAGUGUUUGAGGCUCAUUCAGACUACAUUAGGUGUGUGGCUGUUCAUCCAACCCUUCCAUAUGUGCUGUCAUCUUCCGAUGAUAUGCUCAUAAAGCUUUGGGACUGGGAAAAGGGUUGGGCUUGCACUCAAAUAUUCGAGGGGCACUCACACUAUGUGAUGCAAGUCACAUUCAAUCCAAAAGACACCAAUACUUUUGCCAGUGCAUCACUUGAUCGUACCAUUAAGAUUUGGAAUCUUGGUUCUCCAGACCCAAAUUUUACAUUAGAUGCCCAUCAGAAAGGAGUGAAUUGUGUAGAUUAUUUCACCGGUGGGGAUAAGCCUUAUCUAAUUACCGGCUCUGAUGAUCACACUGCUAAGGUUUGGGACUAUCAAACAAAAAGUUGUGUCCAGACACUGGACGGGCACACACACAAUGUAUCUGCAGUAUGUUUCCAUCCCGAGCUUCCAAUUAUAAUCACAGGUUCUGAAGAUGGUACAGUUCGCAUCUGGCACUCAACUACUUACAGGGUUGUGAUUGGAUAUGAUGAAGGAACCAUCAUGGUUAAACUUGGACGAGAAAUUCCUGUCGCUAGCAUGGAUAACACCGGAAAAAUCAUUUGGGCUAAGCACAAUGAAAUUCAAACUGCAAACAUCAAAAGUAUUGGUGCAGAUUACGAGGUUACCGAUGGAGAAAGGUUGCCUGUGGCUGUUAAAGAGUUGGGUACCUGUGAUCUUUAUCCACAAAGCUUGAAGCACAAUCCUAAUGGGCGGUUUGUGGUAGUCUGUGGUGACGGGGAGUAUAUCAUCUACACGGCUUUGGCUUGGAGAAAUAGGUCAUUUGGUUCUGGACUGGAAUUUGUAUGGUCAUCCGACGGGGAGUGUGCCGUUAGAGAAAGCUCAUCAAAGAUUAAGACAUUUAGCAAAAAUUUCCAGGAAAAAAAGAGCAUCCGCCCUACUUUCUCAGCUGAGAAGAUCUUUGGAGGAACCUUGUUAGCUAUGUGUUCAAAUGAUUUCAUCUGCUUUUAUGAUUGGGCUGAAUGUAGGCUGAUUCAACGUAUUGACGUCACUGUAAAGAAUCUUUAUUGGGCUGACAGUGGUGAUUUAGUAGCCAUUGCUAGUGAUACGUCUUUCUACAUCUUGAAGUACAACCGGGAUUUAGUUUCCUCACAUUUUGAGAGCGGAAGAUCUACUGAGGAAGAAGGUGUUGAGGAUGCUUUUGAGGUUCUACAUGAGAAUGAUGAACGAGUUAGGACAGGUAUAUGGGUUGGUGACUGUUUCAUUUACAACAACUCUUCCUGGAAGCUUAACUACUGUGUUGGAGGCGAGGUAACCACAAUGUAUCAUUUGGACCGCCCAAUGUAUCUGUUGGGCUAUCUUGCAAAUCAAAGUCGGGUAUUCUUGGUAGACAAAGAAUUCAAUGUUAUAGGAUACACUUUGCUACUAAGCCUGAUUGAGUACAAGACUCUUGUGAUGCGAGGUGAUCUAGACAGAGCCAGUGAAAUCUUGCCUACAAUUCCUAAAGAACAGCAUAACAGUGUUGCUCAUUUCUUGGAGUCACGAGGAAUGAUUGAAGAGGCUCUGGAAAUUGCGACAGAUCCUGACUACAAAUUUGAGUUGGCCAUACAACUGGGUAGACUUGAAAUUGCGCAGGAAAUCGCUGUAGAAGUACAGAGCGAGUCUAAGUGGAAGCAAUUAGGAGAGUUAGCCAUGUCCUCUGGAAAGCUGCAAAUGGCAGAGGAAUGCAUGAAGUAUGCGAUGGAUUUGAGUGGUUUGUUACUGCUAUAUUCUUCUCUGGGAGAUGCAGAAGGUUUGACAAAACUUGCAACACUUGCUAAAGACCAAGGGAAGAACAAUGUUGCCUAUCUUUGCCUAUUCAUGCUGGGUAAAUUGGAAGAUUGUUUGGACUUAUUGGUGGAGAGCAACCGGAUACCAGAAGCUGCUCUGUUCGCAAGAUCAUAUCUUCCAAGCAAAGUAUCUGAGAUAGUAGCUCUAUGGAGGAAAGAUCUCAGCAAGAUUAACCCGAAAGCAGCAGAAUCUUUGGCUGAUCCUGAGGAGUACUCAAAUCUUUUUGAAGAUUGGCAAGUUGCUCUUUCCGUCGAAGAAAAAGCUGCAGAGACAAGGGGAGUUUAUACAUCUGCAGAAAACUAUCCUAGCCAUGCUGAUAGAUCUUCGAUGACCCUCGUGGAAGCCUUUAGAAACUUGCAAGUUGAGGAAGAGGAAUCACUCGAAAAUGGAGAUAUCGAUCACGAGGAGGUAGUAGCAGAAGAAAAUGGAGGAGAUGAACAGAAGAAGGAUGAGGAUGUUGUAGAGGAGCAUCAUGAAGAAAAGGAAGAAGAAGAAGGAGUCGUUGAUGGUGACUCAACGGAUGGAGCUUGCUUACACCGCGUCAGUAGAGUUUACAGUUUAUGGAGAAUGGCCAAAGUUCCAGCAACAAUGGAGAUACAUGUUCGAUGUUCUUCUUCUAUUAACCCCUCUUUGAGCUCCCUCUUCGUCUCAUACCACUUCGCUCCGGCGUUAGGUUAUUCUAUUCCCUCUUCUGGUGCUGCUCUUCUCGGUAUUCAUACAAGCGUGUUCAUAUUCUCUCAAACAUUUACAAUGGGGGACUCGGAAAACGCACAGCAACCUUCCAAAAAGAGAGGCGCCUUGAAGCAGCUGACUCGUGAGACUCUAGGUGCUGAUGAUGAUGACGAGACAACUGAUCUCGAGACUGGAACUUUCAAGAAGGCCAGUGAUGAGGUAUUGGCAAGCAGAAGAAUCGUCAGAAUCAAACGCAAAGAGCCCUCAGCUGCACCAGCCUCAGCACCCAAUCCAUUUGCUGGAAUUCAAUUGGUCCCUCCUAUUGCACCUGCACCUGCUUUAGCCACUUUUGGAACAAAUGCACCUCUGGCUGAGACUGACGUGGCUCCAGCCGAAGCAGUAGUUGAAAAGGCAGUUGAUAGCGGCGAGGAAGAUGAAGUUGACAGUAAGAAGGUUGAUGUCAAAGACGCUGCUGGAGAAGAGACUGAAAAGGCUAAAGAUGAGGAUAAUGUAGACCAGACGGUCUCAGGUGUUACAAUCACUAGCAACGUUGUUGAAGGAACAGACCAAACUGAGGAUCCUCUUGAGAAGGAAUCAGGAGGUGAUCAAGCUGAGAGAAAAGAGAAAGAAGGAGAAGAAAGCGAAGAAGCAGAUAAGAAUGGCGCUUUGAGUUCGUUCCAACAGCAUUCGAGUAGCAAAAACGCAUUCACUGGACUUGCGAGUACAGAGGGUUCUGGUUCUUCUUCGUUCUCAUUCGGUUUGGUCUCUCAGGAUGGUGGUUCGACUGGUUCUGGUUCUCUCUUCGGCAACAGCUCUUCCCUUUUCGGUGCGUCUGGAUCUUCCAUUAUCAAGAAGAGUGAAGGUAGUGGGUUUCCACCAAAGCAAGAGGUCUCCACAGAGACAGGAGAAGAGAACGAGAGAGUCGCUUUCUCGGCUGACUCGAUAGUGUUUGAGUAUCUUGAUGGAGGAUGGAAAGAGCGUGGGAAAGGAGAAGUCAAGGUCAAUGUGUCGAGCAGUGGUGGCAAGGCAAGGUUGGUUAUGAGAGCUAAAGGAAACUACAGGCUGAUCUUGAACGCGAGUGUGUACCCGGAGAUGAAACUUGCAGCCAUGGACAAGAAAGGAAUCACGUUCGCUUGUGUGAAUAGUGUAAGCGAAGGCAAAGAAGGUCUCUCUACAUUUGCGCUCAAGUUCAAAGACCCGACGAUCGUGGAAGAGUUUCGUGUAGCCAUCGAGAAACAUAAAGGCAGUAAACCGGUAGAAGAAGAAGCAGAAGCAGCAGCUCUUCCUCUGAAGACACCUGAGAAUUCUCCAGCAGCUACAGAUGCUUGA